AUGGCGAGGAAAAAAGGAAAGAUCUGGAUCAUGACAGCAGAUGUGGACUUCACCUCAACCCUGUUUCAAAGAAACUGGAGCAUGGAUUUCCUUCAUGGUGCUCUAUCCUUGGCAAUCCAAUCUAAGGAAGUGACCGGAUUCCAGAGAUUUGUUCAGAUGAGGAAUCCUAUUUUGCAUAAAGGAGAUGGCUUCUUGAAAGAGAUCUGGCAACAACUGUUUGAUUGUCUGAUUCCAAACUCUUCCACUGAGUCAGUGGACCAGAAUAUCUGCACUGGAGUGGAAAGGUUGGAGGAUCUUCCUAUGACUGUUUUUGAAACAAGGAUGACUGCCCACAGUUACUGUGUUUACAAUGCUGUCUAUGCUGUUGCACAUGCGUUGCAUGCCCUGUAUUUAUCCAUAGACCAUCAAAGAUCAGGAAUGACAUGGAAAAUUCUGAAACACCAGCUGUGGAAGAUAUUACCUCUCUCCCUGUGUAAUGAUAAUUGCCCUUUAGGUUACAGAAAGACCGCAAAAGAAGGAGAACCAUUUUGUUGCUAUGAUUGCAUUCCAUGUCCGCAGGGAAAGAUCACAAAUCAGACAGAUACGGACCAAUGCUUCCAGUGCCCAGAAGAUCAGUAUCCAAACAAUAAGCAGAAUUUCUGUCUUCUCAAAUACAGAACAUACCUCUCUUAUGAAGAAACAUUAGGAAGCAGCUUGAUGACAGUGGCCAUCAUUUUUUCUUUUAUUACAGUUUCUGUAUUAGGAGUGUUCCUGAAGUACCACAACACUCCUAUCAUUAAGGCCAACAACCGCAGCCUCUCCUACACCCUCCUCAUCUCCCUCCUCCUCUCCUUCCUUUGUCCUCUGCUUUUCAUUGGCAGGCCCAUGGCGGUGACCUGUCUCCUUCGACAGACUGCUUUCGGGAUCAUCUUCUCAGUGGCUGUUUCUUGUAUAUUGGCCAAAACCAUCACUGUGGUUCUUGCCUUCAUGGCCACCAAGCCAGGAUCAAAGAUGAGGACGUGGGUUGGGAAAGGACUGGCCCUUUCCAUUGUUCUCUCCUGCUCCCUCAUUCAAGCUCUCCUUUGUACUGUGUGGCUGGCCACCUCACCCCCUUUCGUAGAUGUUGAUAUGCACUCCUUUGUUUCUGAAAUUGUUGUGGAAUGCAAUGAAGGGUCAGUUGCUAUGUUUUAUAGUGUCUUAUCUUUUAUGGGCUUCCUGGCUAUGGUCAGUUUUAUUGCAGCUUUCCUAGCUAGGAAAUUACCAGACAGUUUCCAGGAAACCAAGUCUAUUACCUUUAGUAUGCUGGUUUUUUGCAGUGUCUGGUUAUCCUUUAUCCCUGCCUAUGUGAGCACCAAAGGGAAAUUCACAGUGGCUGUGGAGAUCUUCUCCCUCUUGGCCUCCAGUGCUGGGCUCUUAACCUGUGUCUUUUUCCCCAAAUGCUACAUCAUUAUUGUGAGGCCUGAUCUGAAUAAAAGGGAUAAUCUAAUAAAGAGAAAUUCCUGA